UGGAAAAAAUGAAAAUUAAAAUCUAGUUACAAACUUGUAUUGCUGUAAAACAUAUCAGCCAAUAUGACAUCUGAAAAGGAAGAUACUUCAGAAGAGCUAGCAGAUACCAUCCAUCAAAAUAGGGAAGAUUAUAGAACAGAGUCAGUGGAAGAAACAACAAAUCUGAUAAAGAAAGCUUCUAGUGGAAAAUCUUUUAGUCAGACUUUUAUAAAACAGCCAAGAAAGGAUACCUUAGACUUAAUAGCACCAUAUUUAAGCAAGUCAAAAAGUGAAGAACUAUGGAAAACUCAUCAAUUUUCUGAAAUAAGCACUGGAAAAGACAGCCUUCAGCCAAUAGAAACUUUACAAAAACAGUCAUUAUCAAAAACUGAGAUGGUGUUAGAAAAUCUGUUUUUCACUGACUUCUUAUCUCAUGAACCAUCAGAAGAAACAAGUCCUUUUUUCUCUGAAAAAAGUCAGAGAAGACUUGACUUAGAGUCAAACGACUUUACAGUUAACCUCAAGGCCAAGGGUUUAAAAGAAUUCCCUAGGGACAUUUUAAAAAUCAAAUUUGUGAAAUAUCUAUAUUUAGAUAAGAACCAAAUCAAAAGUUUAAAAAGGGAGGAGUUAUUUGAUGUGAUAGGACUUGAAGUUCUAUCUCUGCAAGAAAAUGGGUUAUUAUCACUUCCACCCGAUAUCCAGUUACUUCAUAAAUUAAGGAUAUUAAAUGUCAGUUGCAACCAAAUAUCACAUAUACCUAAAGAGAUAUCACAACUUAAAAAUAUUAGGGAACUCUUUUUAAACGACAAUUUAAUUGCUAAUUUUCCUUCUGACUUAGAAAAUCUUGGGAACUUGGAAAUAUUAAGCUUAGCUAAAAAUAAAUUAAGACACAUACCAGACACACUAUCUAGCUUGAAAAACUUGAAGAUUCUCAACCUGGAAUAUAAUCAGCUAACAAUAUUUCCUAAAGCUCUGUGCUUCCUUCCAAAGUUAUUUUCACUAAGCUUGACUGGAAACCUGAUCAGCAGUUUACCCAAAGAAGUUAAGGAGCUUAAAACUUUAGAAAAACUUUUACUGGACCACAAUGCACUUACCUUUUUGGCUGUGGAAAUGUUUCAGUUGCUCAAAAUGAAAGAACUCUACCUUUCUUUUAAUAAGUUAGAAGUUAUUUCCCAUAAAAUUGAAAAUUUUAGAGAUCUUAGAAUUCUAAAACUUGAUGAAAAUUUAUUGAAAGAAAUACCAGAGAAAAUUUCCCACUGUGUAAUGUUGGAGUGCUUUAGUCUUACUGGCAAUAAAUUAACAGAGCUUCCUAAGAACAUCUAUAAGCUUAAAAACUUAAAAAUUCUUCAUGUAAACAGAAAUAAUAUAAUGAGAUUAACUAAUGACAUCUCAUAUCUUAAUAAUAUGUUCAGUAUAGAAAUUUCAAGCAAUGGAAUCACAGAUGUUCCCAUUGAAAUAAAAAACUGCAGAAAAAUAACCAGAGUUGAUGUGAGUUAUAAUAAAAUAACAUAUUUUCCAGUAGGUUUGUGUGCUUUAGAUUCUCUUUAUUAUUUAAAUUUUAAUGGAAAUUAUAUUUCUGAAAUUCCUGUGGAUAUAUCUUUCAGUAAACAACUGCUUCAUUUAGAGUUUAAUGGAAACAAACUCACUUUGUUUUAUGAACACCUAUGUUCUCUUAUUAAUCUUGAAUACAUGGAUCUUGGAAAAAACCAAAUAAGCAAAGUACCACCGUCUAUUUCCAAUAUGGUAUCCCUCUCUGUCCUUAUUUUAUGCUCUAAUAAAUUUGAAACUUUCCCUAUAGAAGUGUGUACUUUAAAAAAUUUGCAAGUACUCGAUCUUUCAGAAAACCAAAUACAGAAAAUCCCUUCAGAUAUAUGUAGCUUAAAAGGAAUCCAGAAAUUAAACUUCUCAAGCAACCAAUUUAAAACUUUUCCUGUUGAACUAUGCAAACUUCAAACACUGAAAGAACUGAAUAUAAGUCAGAUAAAUGGGAAAAAGUUAACAAGAAUCCCAGAAGAGCUGCCAAAUAUGACUCAACUUAGCAGACUCGACAUCUCAAAUAAUGCAAUAAGAGAGAUUCCAAAAAAUAUAGGGGAAUUAAGAAGUUUGGUUAGCUUAAAUGCAUGCAACAACCAAAUAAGUCACCUCCCGCCAUCUUUUCUUUCUUUAAAUGUUCUCCAACAACUAAACUUGAGUGGAAAUAAUCUUACUGUUCUACCUAGUGAUAUCUACAAUCUUUCUUCACUGAAGGAGAUAAAUUUUGACGAUAAUCCUUUAUCAAGACCACCAGUGGAAAUCUGUAAAGGAAAACAGUUGGGUACUAUUGUACACUAUCUUCACAGGGCUGAUGAAAGAGAUGAGAAAAUCUUAGAGAAGAUCUUCAGAAUAGUUGCCAACAGCAUCACUGAGACAAAUUUUGAAUUUUUGUGUCAUAAAUUAAAGCUGGCAAUGUUGGAAAGUGAUAUGUCUACAAAAAGCACUACUUCAUUAAAUGAGAGAGUCUACCAAGCACUUACUAGAUGGAAAACUGAAAGGAACAACCUGUCAAUAACUACUGCUGCUUUAAAAGACCAACUACUUCGAGCGCUUACUAUGAUAGGAGCAUAUGAAAUUAUGGACAAAAUAACAGCUUUACAACUUUUUACAAGCGCUAUUAAAUUCUGAACAAUGGAUCCAUAGUCAAAAUGGAAAAGUUGAUGAUACACUUUCAUAAUCAAAGUUGGAUUUUAAAAACUAUUUCAAUUGAUCAUACAAGAAAUUCGUAUGUAAUUUUAAGUCAUGUCUCUUUUAAUACAUUCCUAAGAGAUAAUAAUACUAUAUGGCUACCAUUCUAAUGCUACCAUAACAAAAUAUUACAAAAAC